AUAAACAGCCCAAACCCAGCUGGCCAGAUGAGUCUUCGCGAUGGCGUGGGUGAGAAGUGCACGGUUUGUGCUCGUUUGUCUGUCUUGUGUUGUCCUUCCCGGUGUUUUCGCUGCAGUGGAUCUGGAAGCUUUGAAGUCUGACAUAGCAGCUACAUGGAGGUGCCAUAAAACCUCAAACCCCGGACUUGCAGUGUCGAUUGUCAAAGAUGGAGAAGUCGUGUUUGCAGAGGGUUUCGGCGAGGCAGACAUCAAGGAGAAGACCCCCGUGACGAAUGAGACGCUCUUUGGCGUAGCAUCCUUGUCAAAGGCAUUUGCCGCAACGCUCUUACUGAAGCUUAUAAGUCGACGAAGUGAUAUCACGCUGUCCACGAGGGUUGUGGAUAUUCUCGGAGAUGAGUUUGCUUUCCCUGAUGAAUUUAGGACCAAAUACACGACACUGGAGGACAUACUGUCUCACCGAACAGGCUUGCGACCGUUCAACAGCAUACGCUUCGACACCAACCUGACCCGAGCCAAUCUCGCAAGUCGAAUCCGCUACCUGGGCAGUACAGGAACAUGGAGGAGCAGCUACAUCUACAACAACUUGAUGUACGGCCUGGUGACCCGGAUAGCGGAGGUGGUGGGAGGAGACACGUGGGAGAACCUGAUAGAGAAGGAGCUUUAUAAUCCACUGCAGAUGACGUCGUCGUCGUUCUCCACCACGUUGGACUUCUCCCAAAAUCAGGUUGCAAAGCCCUACGUCGUCAAGGACGGGUCCCCUGCACCUGUCAGUGUGGACUUUUCGCAGCGAUGGGGCCUGCUGUGUGGGUCCGGUUGUGUGGUCACCAAUGCUCUGGAUGCAGCCAAUUGGAUGAAGUUUCACCUGAGUAAAGGCCUGGAUCCGUCUGGGAGGAGAGUGAUGGACGAAAAGGACGUCGAAGAGUUGUAUGGGCCGAGGACCGCAAUGAGGUCUUACACCCUUAAAUACUUCAACAAGCCUGAUAUUCCAGUUACCUCCGUCUUUGGAAUGUAUGCCUUUGGCUUCAGGAUUGGCUAUUACCGAGGUUACAAGAUGGUCGCCCACAGUGGAUCAACGUUUGGGUACAGGGCCCUGUUAACGUUGUUUCCCUCCGAGAACCUCGGCAUCUUCAUCGCCAUGACAGGGGAGGACAGCGACUACAGGUACAGGUUUCCUCUGCAGAACUACAUCGCAGACCGCAUCCUAGGUGAAAAGCCUUGGCUCAACGUGUCCACAAUAUGCUCGUUCCCUGCACCGUGGUUCAACGAGACGAGUUCUUCUCCCAGCUACAACAUGGCCAAGACUUUGUCGCAUGAUCGUAAACAAUACGAGGGAAUAUAUCACCACAAAGGUUUUGGUAACCUUGAAAUAUACUACAACGACACUGAUCAACAGCUGAUGGCCAAGUACGGAUUUGCCACAUGGCUGCUGUACGAGCAGGAUGGAAAUAACUUCUACGGGAAAGGAUUUGGAAUCAUGGAACCCAAGAACUGCAAUUCUAUGAUAUUCAAAAUGGGCGAAGACUCACAAUUUGAUGAAGUGGAAGCCGUGUGUUUUGAAUCUGGAUUACCCCCUGUGUUCUUGAGGGAUGGCGUGGUCACUUCUGGAGGAGGAAUUGCUGGUCAUAUGUGGUCUUUGCAGCCUUGUGUUGUGUCGUUAAGCAUUUUUCUAGUAUUGCUGAGAAGAUAAUAUGCCAUGCUCAUAUAGCUGUAGUCCUGAGUUCCUUUGUACGCUAACCUCGCAAGAACGUAUGCGACAAGUUUCGGACAAUGAUGUUAAUUUUAGUUUUCUUCGACACUCAAUAGGGCGUUAGUAAUGGUAUAGCUUUUAGCUAAAAUCGGAUUAACGAUGAAAAUUAUAAAAUUAAUUUUCAAAAUUUCAAUACUGUACUCAUUCGUAUUUUAAUCAAUAUUUCCGAUUUAAGUAAUAGAGGCACAAUUCUGUCGUAAUGAUGCAUCCAUGGAAUCAUAGUUGAUUCUGCUUUAAUUUUAGUAUGUUUGCGCUGAUAACCUCGAUACUGUCGAAUACUGUCCAAAUGACGCUUCGGUCAUACUUACACAUCAGAAGCUUCACUAACUGGACUUCUACAAUGCCGUGCAAUUCAUACCAGGAGCAACUCUCAGAAUGCCCGAAUAAUACUUCAUAUUCAUCUGACAUACUCAUGACUCGAAUUUAUUUGUAAUGUUUAGUAUUCAGGGCUACUUAUGAAUUAAUGUGAAUAAUAUUUCUGCAAUCAGGAAAUAUUGGAUAUCUGAAAGCUUACAACUAUUUGCAAAGGUUUGAAUCAUAUUUUAGAUGCUGCUGAGUUUUAUAUUGAACACGUUUUGAAAUAAACUGAAUAGACUCAUGACGA